CUUCCGGCGGCGGCGGAUGAAAUGGCGAACGUCGGUGGCGGCGCGGGCAAGAUGGCGGAUAAGGAGAAGAAGAAGAAGGAGAGUAUUUUGGAUCUCUCGAAAUACAUUGACAAAACAAUCCGAGUGAAGUUCCAAGGCGGGAGAGAAGCAAGUGGUGUCUUGAAAGGAUUUGACCCUCUUCUGAACCUUGUGCUUGAUGGUACCAUUGAAUAUAUGCGAGAUCCAGAUGAUCAGUACAAAUUAACAGAGGACACACGUCAGCUGGGACUUGUGGUCUGCAGAGGCACUUCUGUCGUUCUUAUUUGUCCACAGGAUGGAAUGGAAGCUAUUCCAAACCCUUUCAUUCAGCAGCAAGAUGGCUAGUGCUUUUUUCCAAUUCUCUCUGAAGACUUCAAGGGUGCAAAUCAGCAGAUAAAACUCUGUGCGUGAGAAGCUUCCUGUUUUGGGGGAGGACUUUGAGUGUGUAUUUGUUAGUGUGAAAGAACAGUCAACUUUUAUUUUUGUGGCUUUUCAUAAAUAGUAAAGGAUGGGGCAUGGUGUGUAGGAAAUAAGUUCUGAUUAUUUCCCCCCCCACCCAGAUAAAUGUUUAACUACAUUGUUUUGAGCUGACAGCAGAGAAUAUACUGCCAGGGAAUUGUCCAAGACCCUCUUGAUCUUUUGAGUUUUAAAACAACCACAUCAAAUUAGUAAAAAAUGCCCUGAAUAUUGGUUAUGUUGUUUACAUUUUUAGCUGCAUUAAAAAAUGUGUUUAAAGCCCAGAUACAUUACAGCAUGUUUUUCUUCUGGGCAGGUGUCAGUGCUCAGCUGGGAAGCACUGUGUUGUAGCCUUCCUGCUGUAGAGUUCAGUCUCUUUUCCUGCUUGCUCCUGCUUCAGUGCAGGAAAAUUGCUUCCCUUGUUUAGUACUUUGUCAUCACCUUUACAAGUUACGUACAGCUAAGAUCUGUUCUAGCACUUGUUCCCAAUCCGUUUAUCAAAGGUUCCCCCAUUUCUAAAGAAGGGCUGGACUAACCUCUAGGAUGAUUCUUUGCUGAGUGACAUGAACCCUACAGAAGUAUCUUAUUUGAUACCUGGAAUUUUAGGGAAAAAUAUUGAAGAUCCUAAUGUUCACUUGCAGGCAGUGUCUGGAAAUACUGCAUAUUUUUGAUACUGUAGCUGUCCACUUGUGGUUACUGCAACUUGAUUUGUAAGUAAACAUUUUUAUUUCUUUUAUACUGAAGAAAUAGCAAGAUUUGAGGAGUUUUGAAUGAAUAAAUACAAAUUAAUUUCUUCCUA